UCCUCAGUAGUUGAUAUGAGAAGAUUAAUAGAAGAGUUGAAUUGUGGUAAGAAAUUCACAAAUGAGCUAAGAGAUUUGAUCAAGAAACAUAAUAAUAUUAUGUUGGCUGAGGAUUUGGUGGGGAAAAUUAUGACUUCUUUUUCCAAGACACUCUCAAUAUUAAGCUCCGGUGUUGAGUUGCAUCAAUUUUCUCAAGUUUCACCUCGUGAGAAAUCCUCAAUUUCAUCUUGUCUAAGUUCGAACUACUCAAUUGGUAGUUGCAAGACUUCAUCACUAAAAGAUGUCAAUCAAGAAAGAUGCAACAAGAGAAGAAAAAUUUCAGCUACAACCAUAAAAGAAGUUUCAACUUUGGUGGAUGAUGGCCAUGUUUGGAGAAAAUAUGGCCAAAAAGAAAUCCUCAAUUCUUCACAUCCAAGGAAUUAUUAUAGAUGUACUUAUAAAUUUGAUCAAGGAUGUGAAGCAACUAAACAAGUGCAAAAAAUUCAAGAAAAUCCAUCAAGGUUUAGUAUCACAUACCAAGGUCAUCACACAUGCAAAAUUUAUCCAUCAAUUUCCCAAAUACUCUUUGAAUCUUCAACAAAUGAGGAUUCUUCAAUGUUAUUGAGUUUCAAUUCCAACACAAAUAAUUAUUACCAACCUUAUGUUCACUCAUUUCAUUCAACUUAUAAACAAGAACCUACUAAAGAGGAGAUCUCUCCGAAUUUAUUCUACCCUAAUGUUGACCAAAGUCAAUCAUCAAGCAGGUUUGGUUAUUUUCAACCGUCUGAUGAUGGUCCGAUUAGAGCAGCAUUGUCAUCAGGGUUGUCUGAUCAUAGGGCCAACAACUCUUCUUGUACUACUAAUUGUAGUUUGGAGAUGGAGAUGAUGCUGGACUCUGUUGAUUUUGAAGAUUUAAUUCCUUUUAACUUUUGACCAAUUG